UCAUUUUUCUCAGCCUCUUUGUCACUUACUGCUGGAUUUGUCCCGGUGAAGAGAUGUAGAGCAAGUGUUUCAGGAGGGGGAGUUAGAAUGGAUCUGACCUUCCCAACUAAACACAGCCUUUCUGUUUUUCCCUGAUGGAUACAUGACAACCGGCAGAGGCACAUUCUUGCAGGCGCGUAACCGAGCGACGUGAACGCGAUCUAGUACAGUAGAGCGGGACUCAUCAGUUUUAGGUCUGUUUAAGAUUCUUUUUUUAAGAUAGUAUUUUUUUAAUUAUUUUUUAGCGUGUAAAUGCACGUUUUUCAUGUAGCCAAAUUGCGCACAUAACAGAAAUAUGGGAUAAAUCACAAAACACGCUUUCAUUUAAUUUUAAAGAAAUGUGCAGAUUAAUAUAGAUUUUCGUGUCCGAUUAUGUUAUGGAAUAUUCUAAAUAUGAGAUGCGAGUGACCUCUGAAUGAAGGCUACUGGAUUUUUUAAACAAAUUGGCACAUAUUUGCUGCAUUAGUUGUGUCUCAGAUCAACUUGUACAACGGUGAGCAAUUUUUGUGCAAGAUGAAUCUAAAGAUGGGAUCGGCUGGUGUCGUGGGGAGGAACACUCCACCCAACAGAUAGGAUCUUUGGGCAGGCAGAGGGGAGGGCAGCUUGUGCCGAGUGUUCUGGCUGGCUGCUCGGGACGCUUGACAAGUCCCGCUGAAAAACUUCACAGGGGCAAAGUCCAGCCUGCAGCGCAAAGGAAACGGGGUGUAAGUGGGUGUGUGAGAACGCGCUGGGAACUUAAUCACAUGUGAUUUUACAGAAAUGCUCCAAAGAUGGCGGUGGUAGCAGCGGCAGGAGUCUCGAGUAGCCCUGGAGUGCAAAAAAGUGGAUUUGUGGAGGUUUUGGUGCGGGAACGGUGGCAUAAAGUUUUGGUCAACUUGAGCGAGGAAGCGCUCACGUUGAGCUGCGAGGAGGGCAGCGUAAACGACAACGUCAGCUCUAAUGGCAUUACCAAUGGAUCUUACCUUGACAACAGUAACGCCAACUCCAAUAAUGGCCCCCAAAUUGUUCGCACCGCUUUCACGGACCUCCCGGAGCGAGUGCCCGAGGCGAUCGCCAACAAAAAACGGUGCGUCAAGGUGACCAAGCAGGAAGUCGGGGGACUUGGCGUAAGCAUUAAAGGGGGCAAGGAGAACAAGAUGCCUAUCCUCAUAAGUAAGAUAUUCAAGGGGCUUGCAGCAGACCAGACCCAGGCUCUCUAUGUUGGGGACGCCAUCCUGUCGGUGAACGGCAUGAACCUGCGGGAUGCGACUCACGAUGAGGCUGUGCAGGCGCUGAAACGAGCUGGGAAGGAGGUGACUCUGGAAGUCAAGUACAUGCGUGAGGCCACACCGUAUGUCAAAAAAGGCUCCCCUGUAUCAGAGAUCAGCUGGGAGACACCUCCUCCUGAGUCCCCACGCCCCAGCAGCCCUCCUAUCACCUUAUCCCCCUCCUCUUCUUCUGACCCUCCGAGUCCUCCUAUUCAGUCCUUCCUGCCUCUGAAUGGUGACAGAAGGUGCAUACCACUGAAGAUGUGUUACAUAACACGAGCAAUGACCACACCAGAUCCUGAGAACAGACAGCUAGAGCUUCACUCUCCUGAUGCCCGACACACCAUAGUGCUUCGGUGUCCAGACCAACCAUCUGCCCUGUCCUGGUUCUCUGCCAUGCACUCUGUCACAUCAACACUGGCACAGCAGGCGAUGGCAGAGGUCAUCCAGAACACAUCCAGGACAGGAAUUGCUGGCAGCAAAGUGAUACGACAUCUGGGAUGGCUGGCAGGGAAGACAGAGAGUGAGAAGCAGUGCUGGAAGCCGGUGCUGGUGGUGGUGACAGAGAAGGACCUGCUGCUGUAUGACAGUUUGCCACGAGGCAAGGAGGCCUGGCAGAGCCCUGCACACACGUUCCCACUUUUAGCAACACGAUUGGUCCACUCUGGCCCUGACCGGGGGUCGCCUAGCUCUGGCACAGAGCUUUUCUUUGCCACUCGGACUGGUACGCGACUCGGCAUCGAAACUCACCUUUUCAGGGCUGAGACCACCAAGGAUCUAUCCCUGUGGACUAGACACAUAGUAAAUGGAUGUCAUGCAUCAGCUGAAAUGAUCAAAGAAGUCACAACAAGUUGCCUGUACAAGGGUCAGGAGUGUCGGCUGGUGAUUCACUAUGAGCAGGGCUUCUCUGUGCUGGCUGACCCGAAAGCAGGAGACGAGGAUGAUUGUGACCAGAGAGUAGUUAACAAUUCUGUCAAGCCCCAAGUGCUCCUCUCCUACCCCUUCGAAAAACUAAAGAUGUCCUCUGACGAUGGAGUACGGAUGCUUCUCCUUGACUUUGGAGGAAAAGAAGGCGAGAUUCAGCUGGACCUCCACUCGUGUCCGAAGCCAAUUGUCUUCAUCCUCCACUCCUUCCUUUCUGCUAAGAUCUCCCGCCUGGGUCUGGUAGCCUGACUGUCUCACUAAAGGGACGUUUCAGCUCUCUUGACAGCAAAUCCACUGUUUCUUCAUCUGCAUCUUGCAUGCAGUACACCACCUCAAACAUCUUCAGUUGGAAACCUAAGCUGAGUGAAUGUAGCCUCUACUGUAUGUUGAAGAAAGGAACUGUGAUUGUUCAUGUACCUGACAGAUUUUGGGGGGGUAAAUGACGCCUGUAAGGGCUGCAAGGUCUGGAAUGUUAACUGGAGAG